AUGGAAUCCUGGCAGCCGUUUAUUCCUUUAUCGUCUAAAACUUAUAAUAAAUACGGUCGCAUCAUUUUAGCAGUGAUCUUUCUCUGUGCUGCGAUUUUGAUCGGAGUUGGAUACGAUUUAAACGAGAAAGCACAUUUUCGUUGCAAUCCUAACAAGACCAUCGCAGCAGAUUUGGUGGCAAAGAACUAUGUCGAGACGACCUGUUAUAUGAAAUAUGAAAAGAAACACCAUCUUUCGGUGCCAGUUAGCAGGUUUGUGGUCAUAAAUUUUCGUCUUAUACUGGCAAUUUCUGUCGCUUACGUUGGCGUUGUGAAUUCCAAGGUUGCGAAAUUUGAAUCUAAAACAGGUCAACAUAUGAACGAGUCUACUCAAGAAUCUUGGCAAGAAGAAA